AUGCAAUCGAGCAACACUUCAGUCUAUGCAGUUGGGGAUGUUGCCGCUUUUCCAGUAAAAAUGUUUGCUGAAACACGCAGACUUGAGCAUGUAGAUUCUGCGAGGAAGUCAGCAAGGCAUGCUGUUGCUGCUAUCAUGGAGCCAGAAAAGACGGGUGAAUUCGACUACCUGCCAUUCUUCUACUCCCGCGUCUUCACAUUGUCUUGGCAGUUUUAUGGAGACAACGCAGGGGAAGUAAUUCAUUUUGGGGAUUUCUCGGGAAAGACUUUUGGGGCUUAUUGGAUUAAUAAGGGUCAUCUUGUUGGUUCUUUUCUGGAGGGUGGAACCAAAGAGCAGUACGAAGCUAUAGCCAAGGCCACGAGGCUUAAACCGGCAAUUGAAGACCUGGGUGAGCUUGAGAGGCAGGGACUGGGAUUUGCUUUGACAGCAAGCCAGAAACCAUCAUCAUCAUCACCUCCUCUUGUUGCUGGCAGUUCUAAUCUCGUCAUCGAGAAACCAUUACACGCUUGGUACGCAACUGCGGGUGUGAUUGUGGCUGCAUCAGUAGCAACCUUUGCAUACUGGUAUGGCAGGAGGCGACGAAGCAAAACAGGCUGCGAUUGCUUCAGGAAUUCGGACAAUUCGGCUGAUAUCAACAUUCAAGCAUUGCUAAUUCUUCAAUUGGAGAGAGUUAGGCCAUCAAUGACUAUUACAGUUCAAAUGGAAGUGGCAAAAGCCAUGGAAAUUCUCGAAAUGAAUUAA